CUCUAAAUCUCGGAAAAAAUCUAAUUACAUAAUCUUCGUAAUUGAGAUUUGGAGAAAAUAUGGGGGAAUUCACUCAUUAAACAAGUAUUCCCCCAAAUUUUUCAAUUGCUAAGCCAAGAACUCCUCAUUGCUAAAUUGAAUGGAACUACUAAUUGAAGGCAGCUCGAACCUACUCUAGGCUUAAAUAGACGUAUUUAUUGAAUUGAAAUCGCACGAAACUAUAAAUCUUUCUUUCUAUUAAUUUUAGUGUUGAUUUAAAGAAUAAGUGAUUUUGAAUUAAAUAAGAUCUUAAAAAUGGCAAUCAAAUUAAACUGGGGUAUCCUUGGUGCCGGUAACAUAUCUGGACAAUUUGUUCAUGACUUGCUUUUAAAUAAUACUUUGAAAGAAAGUGGCAUUGAACACGUUGUGGUUAGUAUUGGUUCAUCGUCUAAGGCUAAAGCAAAAGUUUUCGCUGAAGAAAAUAAGAUAACUCUUGAAAAUAACCUUGGUGUCACACCUGUAUUCGAAUCAUAUGAUGAAUUAUAUGCUAAUCCAAAUGUCAAUGCUGUGUAUAUCGGUACUCCUCAUCCUUAUCAUAAAGAACAAGUUGAGGCUUCAUUGAAAGGUGGUAAGCACGUCAUUUGUGAAAAGCCAUUCACUAUCAAUAGUAAAGAAGCACAAGAAUUGUUUGAUUUGGCUAAGAAGAAGAAUUUAUUUUUAAUGGAAGCGGUGUGGACCAGAUUUUUCCCAUCUAUCAAAUUAUUAAGGAAAUAUUUAUAUGAAGAUAAAGUAAUUGGAGAUAUUCAUAGAUUAAAAUGUGAUUUCAGUUUUAAAGUCGAUUUUGAAACUACACCAACCACCCAUAGACUCAGAGAUAUCAAACUCGGAGGUGGUGCUAUCUUAGACGUUGGUAUCUAUGUUAUUACUUAUGCUAGAAUUCUUUUAGAUGAUAAAGUCGGUAAGAAUCAUACCCCAUUUGAAGUUAAAUCAUUAGUUACCCUUGAUCCAGUGGAUGGUGUUGAUUAUAAUACCAAUCUUUUAUUUAAGUAUAAUAAUGGUAAGCAAGCCGUAUUGAGUUGUGGUUUCUAUGUUGAUGGACCUCAACCUUUCAUUAGAUUAGAAGGUACUAAAGGUUAUGCUAAUUUAUCAAGUCCUAAUCCAGCAUGUCCAAAGCAAUGGAAAAUUACUUUUGCUGAUGGUAGUAAACCAAUUGAAUAUGAAGAUAAAUCAGGUUAUAAUGGUUUCAUAUAUGAAGCAAAUGCUAUGGCAGAAGAUAUUGCUGCAGGUAGAAUUGAGAAUGCCAUUCUUCCUUGGGAUGAAACUUUAUUAACCAUGGGAAUUAUGGAUGAUGUUAGAAAGGAAGCUGGUUUAGUUUACCCUCAAGAGAAGUAGGAACUUCUUUUUAGUUUUGUUAGUUAAAUUAAUAUUUAGUUAAAUUAAUAUUUAGUUAAAUUACUAUUUAG